AUGGCCAGUCUUCGCCGCUUUUUGCAUCGUACUAUGCCGCCACCUGCGAGCUGGCAGCCUCAAGAUGAUUUUUCCUCUCAACCCACGCAUUUCCACCGCGAGCGCGCUGAAACAGCCCCAUGCUCGCAGCUAAACGUUGCAAUUAAUGGAUCUGACAAUUCCAUUUCUGUACCCAAAGCUGUCUUGAGUUUCUCGCGCUUCUUUGAGCGAGCUGAAGGUCAUUUAUUCUCUUCUUCAUCGUCAUCUUCGUCUGAUAAUGAUCUUGAGGAUGCAGGUGGCAUGAUGACAUCAACGAGCUACUUCCGCCCACGCACCAUGGAUGGAUAUUCAAGAUAUCUGGAAGCCGCCUUUAUGGAGGGAUGUUUGGAGAAACAGAGCUCGGAAGAUCCCACACUUUGGAAAAAAAGGUGGUUUGUCAUGCAGGAAAGUAAAUUAUUCUACUACAAGUCCAAGAGUGACGUCAAAGAGCAGAAAUAUACCGACAAAACAUGCUGCGGCGUUAUUUCAAUGGAGAAUAUCGACUCAGUGACCACAGCGAAGGACUUUGGCAUCGCUGCCUUUCAGAUUCGCAUGGAAAGUCGGCGGUAUGUCCUACGUGCCGAGUCCAAAGAUAUGAUGCACGAGUGGCUGUUUAAUUUUCAAAAAUCAAUUGCAAAUAUUGUGCUGGCCCUGUCACGAACUCAGACCGAGCAGCGACCGAAUUGGUUUGGCAAUAGUUUUUCACGAAGGAGUAUGCCUCGCGUAAACCGCAGUGUCUCAUUCGAUCACCGAGACGUCACGGAUCAGCUCUUAAAUGUUGAUCAUCGCGCAAACAUUGAAUCAAAUAGCUAUUCUGACGAAUCGACAAGUGGCGAAGGAUCUUUUUCGUCUCGAAUAAGCCCUCGGCGAUCUAGCAGCCCGUUAAAUUUUAGUGGAAUUGGACCGCGUAGCCCGUUAAUGUUUGCAUUCGAUCCAAUGGACGAAUUACCAGAAAAUCAUGCUCGUAUAGCACGGCAAAAUUCCAUUCCAGAGACAAAAGAUGAAGAGAACGCUCUUAAUUGCCGACGGCAGGUUUAUUUAGUUGCAUGUGAAAGCCCAGAGACGAGCACCGAGCCACAACUGAUCGUACCGACAGCAUCGCCCCCUUCUGCCAGUGGGAAGUAUAUCCCUCGAUAUCUCCGAAAUCGCAGUGCAGCAGAGCCGACAUCACCGCCUUCUCUUUCUGUCAAUUUGUCGCCGCCGCCGGAGCCGGUACCGGGUCCUUCUGCUGGCCGCUGGGUGCCGCGCCACCAAAGAGAAGGAUUUGCAGAAAUGCAGCCAAUUGAGUCAUUCUCCAUUGACACUCGCGACUCUUUUCACGAGACUCUAUACGGAGAUAGCUCGAGCUAUUCCACUGGUGAUAGUGUCCAUGGGGUGACGUCGUUGUUGGGUGUCCGUGCAGCAAUGGAGGAUGUUUGCUGUUGCAUUCCCGACCUCAACGCACACUUAAAAAAUGACGAGCCGCAUCAUCAACGACAAUCGUAUUAUGCUCUAUUUGAUGGCCAUAGUGGUGUACGGGCUGCAACCUUCUCAAAUCAGCGUUUGGUAUCUUACCUUACCUCACAUGAAGCCUUUAUGUCGAAUACGCGACUUGCCUUUGAGGAAUGCUUUGCUCGUAUCGACAGAGAAUUUUUGCAAAAGGCUGAAGAGGAGAGCCUCGGUGAUGGUACAACAGCAGCAGUGGUGUUGAUUCGAGGCAAUCGAUUGAUCACAGCGAAUAUCGGAGACUGCAGAGCAGUUGCUAGCAUUGGUGGUCAGGCACUGGAUAUUAUUGAAGAGCAGACCCCAGGUCGUGCAGACGAGCGAGCGCGGAUAGAGAAGCAGGGAGGAUGGGUAAAAGAGGAGCGCGAGCUGCAGCUAUCAAAGUUACAUUCGAUGGAUUUAAGUGAUCCAGAAAUCCAGCAACGUGCUGAACGAGUAAUCAAGUGGGUGACUAUUCACCGAGUUAAUGGUGAGCUUGCUGUCUCUCGUGCCAUUGGCGAUCUUGAUUACAAGGGCAAAGCGCUGUCAAAAUAUGAAUACUGGGCAUAUCCUGAAGGACACAAUCGAGUUUUUCAUGGUGACUUAGUUAUAUCGGUGCCAGAGUGUCAGGAGAUAGAAAUCACACCGGAAUUCGAUUUUCUCAUUCUUGCGUGCGAUGGACUCUGGGACACAAUCAAGAGCAAGGAGGCUGUCAAAUAUGUCGCUGACAGGCUAAAUGAGGGGCAUUCUGCCAAGCAAGCAAGCCAAUCUUUAGCAAACUUGGCCAUACGGUCAGGCUCGUCGGACAACGUUACUGUAGUUAUUGUAUUACUAAAUACGGAGCAAAUGUCGAGUUCAAUAGAAGCGUUGUCAAAGCAAUAA